AUGCUUGUCUUUAGUCCGAAGGCUUUGGCCAUGGCUGCCCUCACUAUGAGCCUCUCAUCUGCUGCUUUGGGAUGCCUGACUAUCUCCGGCAGCGCGGAGUGGGAGGGGUCUGACGUUACGGGCAAUAUCGCCACUGAUGAUAACGGAUCUCAGACGUGUACUGGAUCUAUUGGUGACGGAGACAACGAUGUUGACUGCAUUGACGGCUUCUCACUGAACUACGACUAUUCUGAUAACAAUCCAGAGGGCCCCUUGCCCAUCACUUAUUGCAACCCGAGUGGCUGUUACGGUAUUUCGGUUCCGAUGACCUGUUACGACCAAGACCCUAGCGGCCAGGCUUCCUGCACUUUCAGCUAUAACGACUACUGUUAA